AUGUCUUCCUCCCAUUCAGCCUUCACAUCCUCCAGCUUCAGCUAUUCCAGCUCCAGCACCAGCGAUGGCCAGACAACCACUUCCGGCCAACGCCAAAUGCGCCAAUCCUACACCGACCCGUCAGGCAAUACGACCACUAAGUCCGCGCGUCAGAACCUCGGCGAAGCGCCUGUUCUCGAACAGAAGAACUACGACGCCCAGGGUCGACAAUUGUUGAGCGGUGGUACUGGAGGAUCUGUGAGCCGUAGGAUCGAGGAUGUCAGCGAUGAGCAGCAAGCUCAAAGGGAUAGGGAAUAUGAGGAGAGGAUGGAGGAUGAGUGAGUUUCUGUUCUGGUCCUUGCCGCAUCAAGUGAUUUCUUGUUGGAGUACGACAUGCUGACGGGUGGAGUAGGUAUGCUAAGCGUGAAGGUGGAGCAUAG